UCGAAUUCGAGUUCUUGUUCUUCGCGGGAAUCACGGGGAAGGAAAAGUUGCAAAGUAAGUUCCCUGUUUAAAAUGCUAAAAACACAGAAAAAAAAAAAACUCCUCAAGUAGAGUGUACUUUUUGUACACUUCAACUAUCAAAAAAUGGGACACGUUUGUUGGAACAUAUUAAAAAAUGCCUAAAAUGUCCAGAGGAAGUUAAAAUAAAGUAUGGAGUGACGGAGAGAAAACAACGAAACAUUGGACUAUUACAAACAAUACAUGAAAAAAGGGAGGAAAAAGUUAAAGAAAAACCGAAAUCACAAUCUAAAGAGGUGUCCGCAUUCAUGGAUAAAAUGACACAUGAACAAAAAGUAAAAGCCGAUGAACUGCUUAGCCGGGCUAUCUAUUCAAGUCAAGCACCACUGGCUUUAGUAGAAAAUAUACAGUGGCAGAAGUUGUUUAAAUUUCUCAGACCUGCUUAUCAGAUACCAACCCGACACCUUGUAUCAGGCCCACUAUUCGACAGUGAGCACCUACGUGUAAAGGCUAUGGUUUCGGAAAACAUUGGUAAGAUUACGUUUUACCAUAUUUAUUAAAAUUUAUUGUUUCGGCCCUUACUCUGUGAAAUUCUGCGUAAUAACAAUAAAUUAAAUAUUUUUUAGAAAAUCCACAAAUUACAUUAGUUUUAAUAAUAAUCUAAUACGGUUCCAACCGGUUUCGAUGCCAUUGCAUCAUUACCAAGGAGUGUUGUACAAAAUGAUGUAAUUUGGCAUCGACUCCGGUUGGAACCGUAUUAGUUCAUUAAAACUAAUGUAAUUUGGGGAAUUUUGGAAUUUUUAAAAAAAUAUUUAAUUUACUGUUAUUAUAUUUAUUAAAACAUUGACAAUAUAUAGGCGAGCCGCUGUAAAAUUACCACUGAACAACGUACUACGGACGAAGUUUAACAGGAAAGACCUUGAACAGCAACCAGAUGCGGUACAGUGUUGUACCACACCGUCCGUCGUAUAUAUUUCAGUAAUUUUAGAACGGCCCGACUUUAAUAUAAGUAAACCUACAUUAUGCUAGUAGGUUAAAAAUAAUUAUCUCUUUACUUUAAGCUGGAGCACAUUCUGUUGGACUAAUGGUGGAUGGAUGGUCCAAUAUUAGGAACGAGGCUGUCCUAAACUUUGUUGUAACAACUCCAACUUUUUAAAAUUAUGCCCACAGGCACUGCACCUCAUACUGCAGAAUAUAUGGCAAAAACCCUUGGUUCAGUAAUACGUGAAAUCGGUCCCCGAAAGGUAUUUGGUAUAGUCACAGACAAUGCAGCAAACAUGAAAGCUGCUUGGGCCUUGAUUGAAAAUGAUUUUGAUAAUAACAUUUUUACCUAUGGAUGCUUUGCUCAUUCUCUUAAUUUAAUAUUUACCGAUCUCAAAAACUUAACAAGUCUGAAAUCGUUUACUGCCGAGGCUGUUGCCCUUACAAAGGCCAUCCGACAAAGCCACAUAUUAUCUGCGUGGGUAAAGGAAAAACAAAACGAAUUAAAAAUAAGUUGCAGUCUUAAACUCCCAGUGCCUACCAGAUGGGGAUCAUUAGUUCUUUGUCUACAAUCAUUGCUUGCUAACAAACAAAUAAUAAAAAGGAUGGCUAUCAAUGAAGAAGUUGAAAAGGCAGUAAGCAAACACCCAUCUUUAAAAAAAAUGCUCUAAGCGAUAUAUUUUGGGACCGGGUACAAGGAUACAUUAUGCUUCUGGAACCAAUUGCUAACACAAUUACCUCUGUAGAAGGUGACACACCAACGAUUUCAAAAUGUCUGCAUUUAUU